GUCUCGAGUGCAUUCAUAGCUUUAGGGCUGGUGUUGACGAUCUUCAGACUCGCCUAUCGUAUUUGGUUGAGAAGGUUCUGGAUCGAGGAUGCUUGGGCAGGCGUCGCAUUUCUAUGCGGGAUAGUCGUGUUGACUUCUUGCUGGACUUACGUUGAAGCAGGUGAAGGGUUGGGUGAAGAAGGAAUUAUAUCAUUAUGGGUAUACUCAUUUGCUUUUUCCUCCAUGGUAUGGGCAGUCCGGCAAAGCAUCUUGUUUUCCAUCGUUCGCAUUGUGUAUGCAACGCAGCACCUCCGUCGCUUGAUACUCGGUCUUGCAGGUUUCUUCCUCUGUUUGUGGGCAGGACUUGUUGCACAAAAAGCGUGGAAUAAUGGGCACGACACCUCUUGGUAUCAAACAACUGGAAGGGUGCAUGUAUCUAUGACGCGACCCAUGGUCGCGUUUGAACUGAUGACUGAUUGCUUAUCCGACACAAUACUGAUUGUUCUGCCAUUGCGCUUACUCUGGAGUCUCAAACUGCCAAAAAGACAGAAAAGGAUGAUUUUCGCCGUAUUCUCCUCUAGCAUUAUCGUCACCAUUAUAUCCAUCUUCCGGGGGGUCUGUCAGAUAGCGAAAUACACGACCGUUCUUGCCACAGCAACAGACUUCGAGACAGCCUUGUCGCUUCUCGUUUGCAACCUUCUUGUCAUAGUUACUUUCCUUUACCGCAUAUUUGGUUUCGUGGGUGCGGACGACCCAGUUUCUAUUGAUGACAAUGAUUACACGACGCGAACCAAUACGGGUGGUGUUUUUACCACUGUCGACUUGGGCGAUGCCUAGUCAGGAAGCGGUGAGCAGAGAAAGUCAGAGAUUCAAUCUACAUUCCGAGGCGAGGGGACUGUUAAUCCUGUGUAACUAAUGUUGAAUUUAGCCUGCCUUUUGUCGAGACCCGAAAAUUCGAAAGAGUGUGAUGACCCGUGAUCGAAGCAGGG